AAGCGACCGCCUCGACUGCUUUAAUAGAAAAACACUGAACGACAAGAAAACGUGUGGUUCACGCGUGCGUACCGUCUCCACCCUCGUCUAGCCCCGCCGUUUCCAUGCACUUACUGUCUGCAGAACUGUGAAAGUACAAUAUUUUCUUAUAUAUUACUGGUGUGGACUUUGAGAUUUAUAAUACCAGACAGGAAUGUUAAUGGGAAACCAUUACAUCUCCAGGCAACUUUAAAAUGCAUUCUACCUGUAACGUAUAAACGUUGCUUUUAAAAUAAAUAAAUAAAUACAUUGGAAUCUGAAUACAGUUCUGUACAUUUUGGGUUCGUUUUUAUUUCUUGCGAUUGCAUUCCACAUUACUCCUCCUCUAUGGUCCUGUCAGUUGAGAUUCCGCUUCCUGCUGUAUUGCUGACGAGGGAAGUGCUCCAGCCUAGCCAGUCAGUACCGAGGAAGUGCUUUACUAGCUUGGGUGUCGCUGUGUUUCAGCAAAGCAAACAUUGCAAAAUAUCGGCUGGUUAGAAUAUGGCUGACGAUUUCGGUUUCUUUUCAUCCUCUGACAACGGAGCGCCGGCGGAGGAGGACCCCGCAGCCGCGUUUCUAGCCCAGCAGGAAAGCGAGAUCGCCGGGAUUGAAAACGACGAAGGGUUCGGCGCGCUGGAAGGGGCUGGGUCAGGGCAGCAGCAGCCACCGUCUGAGCCAAGUUAUGGUGAUUUUGGAGGAGAGUUGGCCACAGUAAAUGGAGAUGUCUAUCAGGAGUCCAAUGGCCCCACUGAUGGCUACGCUGCUAUUGCACGUGUCGACCAGAUCAGACAGGAGCCCGAGAGCCUGCGCCUGUGGCGGGAGGAGCAGAAAGCCAGGCUGGAGGAACUGGACGCUGCAUCCAGAGCGGCCGAGAUGGAGUGGAAAGAGAAGGCAAAGAAGGAGCUGGAUGAAUGGCACAUUCGUCAGAACGAGCAGAUGGAGAAGAACAAAGCCAACAACAGCAGACUCUCUCCAACUCAUGCACGGAUCGCUGAUAAGGCUUUCUACGAGCAGCCCAACGCUGAUGUGAUAGGAUAUGUGGCAUCUGAAGAAGCCUUCCUGAAGGAGUGCGACGAGGACACUCCCGGUUCUGAGUGGGAGAGGGUGGCAAGGCUCUGCGACUUCAACCCCAAAACCAACAAGCAGUCCAAGGACGUGUCCCGCAUGCGUUCCGUACUCAUCGCCCUCAAACAGGCACCCCUGGUCCGCUAGGGUGGUGUAGGGGAGGGCUGGAGCCCCCGCUCCCACAAUCUCAUUCUUCGUGUCAUUCAAUAGUACUAGCUAAACCGCCUUGUCUUUUUUGUUGCCUGGGCCGAGGAUAGUUGAGAUUAUAUGUUACAAGUGUUUCUUCCAAAUCACUGUUCACAGUCUGUGAUUAUGGGAUGCAGUAUCCCUUUAAAAUGUCAUACCAGCAAUGCUUGCUGUAAUAUCAUCAUACUACAGUUUGCUCUUUCGUGAAUAUGAAGGCAGUUCAGUACACGGAAGGUAUUGAUCAGCCACUAGCGUCUUCUUUGGCUGUGUAUUUUUAUUAUGCCUUCUGCUGUGAGAUUUUUUAAAUCCACAAGAGGGAGCUAUUGCAUGAGGAAUUCAGUUUCAAAGCUCAAAAUCACAUUUGGGCAUGUUUCAAAACAACGUACUGAAUCCAUUUGAUUCUCAAUAUUGGGAAAUACAUUCUUGGCCCUUAAAAAAAAAAAAAAAAAAAGAAAAAUCAAGUAGCAGUUACUGGGAUACUGCGUUUUAUAAUUGCUGAUUCUUGUUUUUCUUCCUUUAGUGUGCUGCUGUUCUUGUCUGUACAUUCACUAGUGCCAUAAGCUGCUGUAGAUCUUUUAAUGUCUUUGUUUUUUGUGGGAUAGGUCAAUGCUUUAGAACAGUUUACAGUGUGGCCCAGUGAGGUGUGUCUGCCUUCUAUUUAACUAACUUGCCUUUGAAAUUUGUAAAUAUAUUAAAAUCAGAGUUUCUGAAGCCAUUUCCUUCACUGGAUAAUAAGGCUAAAGCACUGUGUCGGUCGAGCGAAACCCAGUAUCUCUCUUCUUGAUUGACUUUAACCUGUGUGUGAUCACACUUUAUAAAAGAAACUUGUGAAAAAUACAACCAUCUGCUACAGGAUCUAUUGUGUCAAUGUCUAGAUCUCCUUUACCUUGUGUUGGCUCAAAAGGCACUCCUUGUUUAUAGUUCUUACUUUACUAAUGCAACACCCCUUUCACACAGGGGCUGCUGUAAUUAGUUACACAGCGAGUCCUUGUUCGGGCUGCUGUAAUUCAUUAGCAGGACCCGCUUGUCUCUUGUGGAAUUGACACUGUUGGUUCUGCAGGGUCUGUUUGCUUGCAUGAAGAGCGUGGAUCACCGUUGCACAUUCCGGCGCUACUACACCAUGGUCUGUACCCACAUGCUAUUGCAGUUUCUGGAAUUGGGCUCCAGCUCAAAAGCAGCUUCUUUUUCUGUUCUUAUCAUUGACAAGUGUUGCAAAAUCAGACAGAUCUCUGGGCAGAAGCAGCCACACCCUUUCCUUCAUAUGCCUGUGUAAACGGAAAAGCAGAUUGUGAGAGUUACACAUUUGUUUUUUUAUAUAUAUACUCCGGUAAUUGUGUAGUCCCGGAAAUUGAAUAAAGAAAAUGUAAAACUGG